AUGGCAUAAGGCCUCGAUUACAAUAAAUACAAAUUAAAUGUUGAGAAUGUUGGAUUAUAACAUCUUAUUUUAUAUCAAAAAAAGUAUAUUUCACAAAUGCACAUAAAGAAAUAAGAAUUAGUGUAUGAAAUUUAAUAUACUAUAGAAUAAUUAGAUAUAAUAAACUCAAUUUUGUUUAAGAAACCGAAAAAUUAAUAAUAGGAGCAGUUUUUCAAAAUCUUUAAGAAUAACAAAAAUAUUCUAUAUUUAUAUUAUAAAUAAAAAAUUUGGAUUGA